UCUAAAUUUGUUUGGGAAAAUUAAACGUCCUGGGGAAAAAAAAAAGCAGACGCUUGUCUAAUUUUUGCGGGUUCGAAGGUGGAUGAAAGCCAUUGGUUCUGGGGAGCUGAUGACGGUGAGAGCGCUCCGUGUUCUCCAGGAGCGCCUUCUUCAGCUUCUUUCUGCACCCAGCAGCUGGGACCACAGCACCAUGUGGAGCUGAGCUGUAUCUUUCCCUCUCUUUUUUACGCUUUAAACUCUCUUGUUUCCCCAGAUAUCAUCAGCUCUGGUUCAUUUCAGAGCGCGUCCCAGUAGCGCGCAGAGCGGCGCACAUUUGGAGACAAGGAAAAAAAAACAAACAAACAAAAAAACAAUCAGUGCUCAGUGCAGCGCAGGCAGGUCUUUGCUCUUUUAAAAAGCAGCAGGGACGGCUGGCUGCUGGAGAGUUGGCGCUGUCGGUGCAGGAGCGAAGACGGACUGCGCUGGUGGGGGGAAAGCAAGAAUUAAACACAGCGGAAUAAAGAGGGAGAACUUGGAUAUGGCUGCUGUGAAGACGUUCAACCUUCUCGCUGGAGUUGUUUCAUUGUUGCUCUGUGUGUGGAAUAUCCGAGCGGACAUCGGAGACGGGGUCUCUUAUUCGUAUGUGUUGGAGCGAGAUGGAGAUGAGGGCGCAGCGGUGGAUGUAAGGCUGUACAGUCAUCGAUGGAGGAGGUGGCUUCCCCCAAAACCUCGUAACAUGGACAGCAACAGAGCUAGCCAGGAGCAGGAACAGGAGCCAGAGCCGGAGGAGCUCGAAGGGUUCCCUGGCCUGCUGUCCGCAGAGGACACAGACAACAGCUCCCAGAUUGAGGAGGACAUGGAUCACAACUACUACACAUCAAAAACAUACGGUCCGUCAGAUCCUAUGAGCAAAGACUUGUGGGUAAAUAUUGACCAGAUGGAGAAGGACAAAGUGAAGAUCCAUGGGAUUCUGUCUAACACACACAGACAGGCAGCGAGAGUUAAUCUGUCCUUCGAUUUCCCGUUUUAUGGACAUCUCCUGCGUGAAAUCACUGUAGCAACUGGUGGUUUUAUUUAUACCGGAGAUGUCGUCCAUCGGAUGCUCACAGCAACACAGUACAUCGCUCCUCUGAUGGCCAACUUUGACCCAAGUGUCUCCAGGAACUCUACUGUUAUCUAUUUUGACAAUGGCACUGCUCUGGUGGUGCAGUGGGACCACGUCCACCUGCAGGACAACUAUAACUUAGGCAGCUUCACCUUCCAGGCCACGCUGCACAACACAGGAAGGAUUGUGUUUGCAUACAAAGAGAUCCCCAUCGAGAUAUCACAAAUCAGUUCUGUCAAUCACCCAGUGAAGGUGGGCUUGUCUGACGCCUUUGUGGUGGUCCACAAGAUCCAGCAAAUACCCAACGUAAGACGGAGGACGAUUUAUGAGUAUCACCGUGUGGAGCUUACAAAGACGAGGAUCACCAAUUCUUCAGCUGUGGAAAUCAUUCCUUUACCCACCUGUCUCCAGUUCACCAGCUGUAGUACCUGCAUCUCCUCUCAGAUUAACUUCAACUGCAGCUGGUGUCAUCGGCUCAACAGAUGCUCCAGCGGCUUUGAUCGCCAUCGACAGGACUGGGUGGAUAACAGCUGCCCAGAUGAGACCAAAGACAAGAUGUGCGACAUAGACGAUACUACGCAGCUGUACACCUUCACCACCACUAUCACUGCCAGAACAGCAUCGAGAAGUAAAGGAAGCACAACAGGCUGGGGCACACCUUCCACCUCUCAUCCUCCCACCAGCGCUCCUACUGAAGAUGAUACCAAGAUUGCACUGCAUCUCAGAGACAACCAAGUAAUGCCUGCUGACAGCGCCGUCAACAGGGUGCCAGGCACGCAUCCUCUGCACACCGGUCUGAUCUUGGGCAUCCUGCUGGUGAUGCUCAUCAUGAUUGCCGGCGUUCUAAUCACGGUCUACAUGUACCAUCACCCAACCUCUGCUGCCAGCCUCUUCCUCAUCGAGAGACGCCCAAGCAGGUGGCCGGCCAUGAAAUUUCGUCGGGGUUCGGGUCAUCCCGCGUACGCUGAGGUGGAGCCAGUGGGCCAUGAGAAGGAGGGCUUCAUCGAGUCAGAGCAGUGCUGAGGUAGGAGGUGAGACAUUCUCAUCCCCACCUGGUGCCUCCCUCUCAACCCUUUCUGCUUCACCAGGAACCUCUCACCCAGAACCUCCAGGAUCGACCUAUCGGUUUAGGAGCUUUGGUAAAACUCUGAAUUUGGCCCUUUAGAGCUAGAGGAAACCCACUGAACAGCUCCUGUCGGUGAGGAACAGACUUGCCGGGGACACGGGGGAAUGGGACAGCACUGAGACAUCGUCAAUUCAGCUGGCAUUGAUAAGGAUUUCUGGCUGCUGUCAUGCUGCCAGGGAGGGACUGGACUGACUGGUUGUUUUUGUCCAAGCAGGAAGCAGGGUGACCUAUACAAUAUAUAUUUUCAGAACCAAUACAGAGUAAGUGAACAGAGACUUCCACUUGAUUGUCAGUGGUGUUAUAAGCCUUUGUAUAUCCAUCUGGUUUAUACUAGUAUUCCUUUUUAUUCCUUUUUUUUGCAAUUAUCAGUAUGAUAGGGUUGGCACAUUUCUCUGCUGGUAUUGCUUUUCUAUACCACAGCAGAUGUAAUUGACUUUUCCACAGCCUGCUCUGCUGUGCAACAUGACGUGAGCUGAACAGUCAUUGAGAUCAAUCAGAGCUCUGAACAUUCAGCUUCUUUUUUAUGGGUUAGUUUAUGAUGAUCAGCUGGGGAGACUUAGUGUUUUUCGUUUUCAUGGGUGAUGGGAACAUUUCUUUUGUGUUUGUAUAUUCAUUAAGGCUGUGCCCUUUUGUCCCUGACUAGAAUUUGCACCGUUUUUUGUUUUUUUUUUUCAUUAAUUUUCAUGCACAUUUUUAGAUCUUGCAGAUUUACAAGACAGGUGCUUGUGAGUGUGAAUAUAUUUUCUGAAGUGUCAGUGAUUUGUGUGUGUGAAUACAGAGGAGUAGUUAACAGCACUGAUGGGAUAUCUGCUUACUUUAUGGGGUUUUAUGCUUGAGCUGGCUCUGUACAAGUGACUCUUACAUUUAGAGGUGCAGAGGAUGUGCAGUCAGGUCUUUACAUACAGUCAUCAUGAUAAUGAAUGGCAUACAUUUUAAAUUACUUCUAACCUUUUUCCAGAUUGUACAUACAACUCCAUUUAUUUUUAAAAACAACAAUUGGGCAUAGAAAUUUUAAUCUUUUGUAAAUUUUCUUUGAUCCACAGUAAUAUUUGGUUAUCCACUCUCUGAUAGUAGGAUUAAGCAACUACUUCAGUUUGAAUGAUUCAGUUUGGUUCUCCCAAAAAUUCUACAUAGUUAAGUCUUUGCCUAAUUUAAAUUUAUUGUAGAUUUUCUCGAAUCCUCACAGUCAAAAUUAUGCAGAAUCUUCCUCACUAACCUUUGAUUAAAUGUUCCAUGGCAAGUUGUACCUUGAUCACAGGCUUUUUGUAGCUCUCACCAACAUUGUGGUAUGACACUGGCUUCAUGUUUAGCCACUCGUCAUAGGUGCAAAAUAUACCACAAAUUCCUAAUCCCGAGGGUUCAGGUUAUCUUAAAUUAACCUGCUUUAUUUACUCCAAAAUCACAGGUUAUAUAUGGGAUUAUUGUUCAUUUAAACUCCUAAUUGUGAUGACAUUUAACUGUUAAAAGUCUAACUUCUAAUUGGAAGUGAAUGAUAAGCCUUAAUUUGACACAGUCAAAUAAUACUUGUUUGAAAUGGAUGAUCCUAAAAUCUGAAAUACCCCAGUUUGUGUAAAUAUGCAUUUCCUCUUGUAGAUAUUCAGUAAGUUCCUUGUACUUUUCCAAUGUUCUGAGUAUUGGUCAAUCGAAUGUGUGACACCAAAUCCUUUUUAUACUAGGAAAUAAAGAACUACCACCUACCAUCGAUCACGAUCACCAAUGAGAAAGUAGUGACACCUUCAGCAUUACAUGUUUAACAAUUUAGGUGAAUGCAAGCACAUGUUUGACUGUGUGGAGUGAGAAAAUCCAUACUAACUUCCAGUUAAAUUAUGUUUAGAAAAUUGUUUUUAAAUUUUAAAUAAUAAUUAAAAAUAAUUAUAAUAAUUAAUGUGAUGAAUGUAUGUAAACAGCUGGCCGUAACUAUUUCUGAAAACAAAUGUCACUGAUUGGAGUUUUAUUGAAUUUAAAGGACCGUUUCCUUCUCUAGUUUCACAACAGGAAAUAACCAGUUCUGUAUGACUUUAACAGUUUAUCCUUGUGAACAUAAUAAUGUAUAUACCAAACCAAAACAUUUGCAGAUUCAGGUAACUCGUGGCAAACAUUUAUAUAGCAGUGAUGGUACUGAGAGACAUUUUUUUUAUUUUUUAUGAGUGGCCUUUUUUCCUCUACUUUUUUACUUAAAUGUGAACACUGUUGUGUUUUUCUUGCUGUCACAGAUCAAUACGCAAUCUAAACAUUAUUUUUUGCUGAAUGAAUGUGGACUUAAUGUUGAGACAGACACUCGAGAUCAAUAUACUGAAAUUCUAAUUUGCAAAACAAUAAAGUGCAAUGUUCCAUAAUCAAUGUUCAGGACACAGAAAAUGCAUAAACUUUCCAUUUGUUUUGAUGUUUUUUUCUGUUCACACCACGUUGCCAUCACAUUGAAACCAAAGACUAAUUAGCAUGAGAGUGGAAACCAUUUUCCCUCACAGCCUCCUCACCUCACAACUCAGCUGCCAUUAGCGGUAGCUUUGAUAAAGUACUGUUACGAUAGUCAGAAGCCAUUUUCUGUUAUUUAAAACUGUGUACAAAGUAUUCUUUGAAAACAGCAAAAAUUGUAAAACAUGCUAAAUCAUUCUCCUGGGUAAUAUAUCCUUAAAUUAUUAAUAACUCUAAAGGCAUGUAAAAAUUUCCAAAUACAAAGAAACUUUAAAACAUUAUAAGGGCAAAAUUAACAAUAACUACAAAAGCCAGCCAGUAACGUUUUUAGUUCAGGCUGAUUCUAGAAGCUUCCUGGAUAAGACGCAAAAGUAUAAAUUCUGUCUUUUUGUAUCCAAUGCUAACCAACUUUCUGAUUUCAAGUAAGUUAACAUUGAGAUAUUUAAAAAGAAUUUUAAAAAUAGAACAAAGACAAAAUUAGCAGUAGUUAUGGAAGUUAACAGAGUUUUUUGUUUAGGCUAAUGCUAGCUGUUCUUUGACAUUAACACAGAAAGAACAACUAAUUUGUUAGUAUCAAAUGCUGUAUGCCUUUAUGAUUUGAAUUAAAUGAAUACAUUUUCUGUUUCUGAGCUUUUAUAGAGAUUCUAUAGAUAAAAUUGGCUAUGACUAUAGAUGUUAGCUUAGGCUUUUGCUAGUAAUUCUUAAAUUAAUCUCAGAAAUUUCAUCAAAACCCCUACCAAAAUGACACAAUAAUGUGUAAAAUAAUGUUAUUUUGACUUACAAAAAUAUUUAUUUUCCUAAAUUAAUAUAAUACUGUUUUAAGAAAGUUGGUUUUGAUUGAAAACUGUAUUGGCCACAUUUAAAUGCCACAAAAAAAACAACAUAUGUUCUGAAUGGCUUAAUUUUGCAGAACACAGGAUAUUGUUUAUCCAAACAAUUAUAGAUGUAUUUGGAAUUUUAACAAUUGAGAAUUUGGCAAGUUUUUUUGAGUAAAACAUUUUACUUUUCAUUGUUUUUUGACGUACAAUAAAAUAUUCAGGCUCAAAAAUGCUUUGAAUACAUUCAUUCAAACAAAUCUGGUAUCUGCUAUUUACAAAUAUUUAUGUGCUGCUAUCUUCAAAAAGUCAUUGAUGCAGUCUGCUUGGAAGUCAUCGUGACCCAUGUCUAAGUUGAUGCCUUCAACUGUAAGGUGUCAUUCCCACAGGUCAACGAUGUGUAUCAGAAAAUUUGCCCGUUAUUUUCUAUUAAACAACCCACAUUGGCACUUGCCAGUAGCCAAUGCUCCAAGAAGAGCAUCCCCCUAUCCUUUUCAAACCUCUUCUGCUUAGAAGCUUUGUAGCUUCUUAUGAAACUAUCUGCAACUGAAGGUGUACAAUCUGUUCUUACACUGCAUAUUUAAGUAAGACUCAUAAAAUGUGUGUUAAAUCCACCAAAGGGCAUUCUUCAAAUGUCUUAAGAUUCUCAAAGUGAGUUAGCCUUGAGACAAAUAAAAAAUAGUAUCAGUGCAGCUGCAAACACUGUUUAAUAACUGGGGGUUAACUGUUUUAAAAUUGUGUUACCUCCACUAACAUAUCAAUUUACCUUAAGUUUUGUAAAAACAAACUAAAUGACAGAAUAACAUUGCUCUUAAUCCUGCAGCAUGGGGUAGACCCCAGUUCAUAAUGACCAGAACUUACAACAAGACAAAAUAUUUUUUGGAGUUGCUUGUGUCUCCUUUAGAGCCUCCAUAUUCAGCCAUACUUUUAUAGGACUGACAUUUCCGUGAAAA